AUUUUAAUAUACCCUUCGCAGUAGACAUAUGCCUGACCAAAGAGAAUAAUACAAGUUCUGUGAAAUCUACUCAGGAAAAACUAAACUUAGAUGGAAGCAUUCAUUCAUCUCUUCAGACUUCUGUAAAGCUAAAUCUUCGAUCUCGAAAAAGUGGACGUCUGCGCAAAACCACCCAUCGUUACUCUGUGCGAGAUGCAAGAAGAUCUCAGCUGUCCACUUCAGAUUCCGAAGGAAAUUCUGAUGAAAAGACUACUGUAAUAACAAAACACAGACACUCCCAGUUACUGCAGCCUUUUUUAACAUAUCCUGUUAGGGACAGCUACCUUGUAGAUAGAAGUGAUCGCCUACCUGUGGAAGUGGUACCAAAUUCUAAUACCAAUGCCCCUAACGUAGAAAAUUCCAGCAAAAUUAUUCCAGCACAUGAACUAAACCCAGAAACUUUGAAUGAGCCAGCUGCAGGAACUUCUGAGAGCAACAAGGAUAACUCUCCUUUUGACUUAUGCCAUGUCUUACUGUCUCUCUUAGAGAAAGUGUGCAAAUUUGAUAUUACUUUGAAUCACAGCUCUGCUCUUUCAGCCAGUGUGGUGCCCACAUUAACAGAGUUCUUAUCAGGAUUUGGAGACUGUUGCAAUGUAAGUAGUAACAGAGAAAAUGAAGUAGUUUCUGCAGGGUGGACAGAAGAACCUGUGGCUCUGAUCCAAAGGAUGCUCUUUCGAACAGUGCUGCAUCUUAUGGCUUUAGACAUUAGCAAUACAGAAACAAUGCCUGACAAUUUACGAAAAAAUUUAACAGACUUACUUAAAGCAGCAUUAAAAAUCAGAAUUUCCUUGGAAAAGCAACCUGGUCCUUUUUCUCCAGGUUAUGAGAAAACACUACAACAGCCAGUUCAGGAUGACUACAUAUUUUCUAGAUAUCGUCACAGAACCUUGCUUCUACCUGAGGUUAUAAAAGGCGCCUUGCAGAUUUUGAUCUGUUGCCUACAAAGUGCAGCCUCCAAUCCAUUCUACUUUAGCCAAGCUAUAGAUCUGGUUCAUGAGUUCAUACAGCAUCAGGGAUUUAAGCUAUUUGAAAUAACAAUGCUUCAAAUGGAAUGGCUAUGUAUGAAGAAUGAGGGAGUACCUGGGGAAGCCUCAGAGCAUCUGAAAACUCUAAUCAACAGUAUCAUGAAAAUAAUCAGCACUGUCAAAAAAGUGAAAUCAGAGCAGCUCCAUCAAUCAAUGUGUACAAGAAAGCGGCACAGACGAUGUGAGUACUCUCACUUCAUGAAUCACCACAGAGAUCUCUCUGGUCUCUCUGUAAUUGCUUUUAAAAACCAAACUUCCAAAAACCCUUUUGAAAUUUCUGAUGGAGAAGUUCAUUAUCCUGAGAGAUGCUGUUGCAUUGCUGUUUGUGCACACCAGUGUUUGCAUUUGUUGCAGCGAGUUUCUUUGAGCAGUACCUGUGUUGAGAUUCUCUCGGGUGUACAUAAUGUAGGAAUAUGUUGUUGUAUGGAUCCAAAGUCUGUCAUUGUCCCACUGCUCCAUGCUUCCAAGUUACCAAUAUUAAAAAACUUUCAGCAGCACAUACUGAACAUCCUUAACAAGUUUAUAUUGGAUCAACUGGGUGGAGCAGAAGUAUCUCAAAAAAUUAUACAGGCAUCAUGCAAUAUAUGUACUGUUGACUGUGAUCAACUCGCUCAGCUGGAAGAUGCCUUGCAGGGCAACUCUAGUGAUGCUAGUCUUGCAUCUAGUUCCUCUUGCAGAGUUCAGGGAAUUCUGCCUAGCACUGGAUCUGAAGAUAUGUUGUUGAGAUGGCAUGCAUUGGAGGCUUAUCAGGACAUUGUUUUUGAAGAAGACAAGCUACGUGGCACACAGAUUGCAAGCCAUAUUUGCCACUUAAUUCAAAAGGGAAAUGUAGUGGUCCAGUGGAAACUAUAUAACUGUAUCUAUAAUCCCGUGCUUCAGGGAGGAGUUGAGCUAGCUUGCCAUGCUCAACAAGAACUUGGACUAAGUACAGCUGAUAAACACACAUGCAGUUACCAUAGCCAGGAUUUGCCUUCUGAAGUACUUCAGGUUUAUUUGCAGAUGCUCCCCGUGUUGCUUAAAUCCAGGGUAAUUAGAGACUUGUUUCUGAGUUGUAAUGGAGUGAGUCAAAUGAUUGAGUUAAAUUACUUAGAUACAUUAAGAAGCCAUUCUUUGAAAGUGUUGGAGACUUUGAUACUCUGCCUUGGUGAUGAGCAGAAAGACCAAGCAACGCCAGAACUGGAAGGCCUGAAUGGCGAACAAAAGGAAUCUACAUCUGACUUACCUGCUUCCCUUUGUAGCCAACAUGCUGUUUCAGAGAUUCCUCAAAGCCUGAGCAAGUUUUAUGCUGGCUUGAAAGAGGCCUACCCAAAAAAGAAAAAGUUUGUGAGCCAAGACAUUCAUGUCAACACAAUAAACCUGUUCCUCUGUGUUGCUUUUUUAUGCGUGAGUAAAGAAGCAGAUGGUGAUCUGGAUUCAGCUAAUGACUCUGAAGAUACAUCAGGAUAUGAUAGUACAGCUAGUGAGCCAUUAGGCCACAAGUUACCAUAUCUGUCACUGGAAAGCCUUACUUUGCCCUCACUGGAACAUAUUCAUAGGGCUGCAGAUAUUUGGUCCAUGUGUCGUUGCAUCUAUUUGUAUAGUUCUGUUUUCCAGAGACAGUUCCAUAGACUUGGAGGCUUUGAAGCAUGCCAUAGAUUACUAAUUCUGAUAAUUCAGAAACUUGGAAAAAUUAAGGAAAAGGAGCAAGAAAAGAGGGAGAGAGUAUUGAGUGAAAGCAGCAGAAGUUCACAUGGGAGUCCUCGUACUGAGCUUCUCAACAAGGACGAUUCUGUUCAUCUGGCUAAAAGCAGAGAGGUGACACAAUUGGAGCUUGAUAAUUCUGGCAGUCUUGCUGGUGUGGAACAACUGGUGCCUGACUCUGUCUCCUGUGACAGCUCUUUGAGUAGGGAACACUCCUCAGUUAUUUCAGUUGCCAAUCUUGAAGGGAUAAAGACUUCUUUAAGAGAAGAGGCUGAGUGGGCACUUCAAGGUAUCAGACUCCUAGAAGCUCUGCUGACCAUCUGUCUACACAGCGCAAGUAACAUGCAGAAGAUGGAAGUGGAGAUGUUUCACCAGAACACCUGUGUGGAUGAUAUCUUACUUGAAAUAAGAGAGCAGCUUGCUCAAUCAAAAGUGAUAGAAACUGACUUGGCAAAGCCUCUGUUUGAUUCACUGCUUCGUGUUGCACUGGGCACUUUUUCUGCUGAUCUUGAUCAUUCUGAAGAAAAAAUUGAGAAGACCCAUUACACUGAAAAGGAGCCUGUGUCACAACCUGGAGAAAUUUCCGAAGAAACUGAAGAAUCACAAUGCUGUAGUCUUAAAGUUUUUGCUGAAGAGGAAGGAUAUGAAGCAGAUAGCGAGAGUAACUCUGAUGAUAGUGAAACCAAGGAUGAAGGAGCAGACACAAAGGGAGAACCAGGUCCUUCAGGUUAUUUUAAUGACCUAACUGAAAACAUCAAUCAAGGAGAAUUAAUGUAUCCUGAAAUUUGCAUGUUAGAAUUAAACUUACUCUCAGCUGGUAAUGCAAGUUUAGAUGUGCUUGCUCAUGUAUUCCGAAGCUGCCUGAAAAUCAUCAGCCAGAAGGAGAGAAAUGCCACUGUACUUAUAGAACAGUCAAAGGCCUUCGACCUCUUAGGAAGAGUAGAAAUGCUUGAAAAAUUACGGAAAUGUGAUAUUGAUUUAGAUUUCUCGCUGCCAAGGAAAACAAGCUUAUCAUCUGACAGUAACAAAACAUUUUGCAUGAUUGGACAUUGUACAUCAUCUCAAGAAGAAUUGCUUCGCUUGUCGGGUAGAUGGAAUCUUGGAAAUCUGCUUCUAUUUAAUGGUGCAAAUAUUGGACCGGAGGAAGCAUUUUACUUAUACACAUGUGGGCCAGACUUCACAUCUGUAAUGCCUUGUAAAUAUGGCAAAAUGUUGACUGACUGCUCCAAGUACAUAAGUAAAGAGAUUCUACAAUGUGAACAAGUUAAGGAGCUCUUCAUGACAAGAAAGGAAGUGGAUGUUGGGCCUUUAAUUGAGAGUCUUGCUGUUGUUUAUACCACAUGCUGCCCUGGUCAGUACACCAUAUAUGAACCUGUUAUUAGACUGAAAGGUCAAGUGAAAACUGUACCUUCUCAGAGACCUUUCAGUUUGAAAGAAGUUCAAAGCAAUGUAUUGGACUCUCAUCACCUAAAAACACUUCAGCCUGUUGAAUAUAAAACUCUUCAGAGUAUACUACAUGAAAUUGGAGGAACUGGUGCAUUUGUUUUCCUCUUUGCUAGGGUAGUAGAGAUUAGCAGCUGUGAAGACACUCAAGCUUUAGCACUACAACUUAUACUGUCUUUGACAAAAUACAAUCAACAGAGAAUACAGGAGAUGGACAAUUGUAAUGGUUAUUCUAUGAUUCGUCGAGUGUUGAUCAAACCAAAAUGCAUUGUUGGAUUUUGCAUGCUGAAGACUCUCCUUGAAGGAUGCUGCAGUGAUGAGAUUCUCUAUAUAAAUGAAAAUGGACAAUUCCAGCUUGAUGCAGACUCUACUGCAGUUAUUCAAGAUGUUCAAUUGUUAGAAAAGUUACUGCUUGACUGGAAGAUAUGGUCUAAAGCAAAGCAAGGUGUUUGGGAAACUCUGUUAGCAGCUCUAGAAAUCCUUAUCAGAGCUAACCAUCAUCAGCAGAUGUUUAACAUUAAGCAGUUAUUGAAAGCUCAAGUGGUACAUCACUUCCUGUUAACUUGUCAGGUUCUGCAGGAGCAUAAAGAAGGGCACCUUGCAUCCCUGCCUCGGGAGGUUUGCAGGUCAUUUGUGAAAAUAAUUGAAGAAGUGCUUGGUUCUCCCCCAGACCUGGAAUUGCUGACACUGGUCUUCAAUUUCCUCUUAGCGGUUCACCCUCCCACUAAUACAUACGUUUGUCACAAUCCUACUAAUUUCUACUUUUCCCUGCACAUAGAUGGCAAAAUUUUCCAGGAGAAAGUUGAAUCACUUAGGUACCUGAGAAAUUCCAGCAGUGGUGGGAAGUCAGUAGACAAUUCUGCAUUUGUGAUUACAUCUCCAACUGGAUUUACAGCUUUACCACUGGAAGGGAACACUUCCAAGGCUAGUGUUCAGCAGAAAACAAGCUCUCAGGCACCUGGAAGGCUUUCUAAAAGCUUACCAGCAUCGCCUACCUCCUCACCUCAAGUUCACCGAAAACGACUAAGUGAAAGAAUGGGAAAGAGCACUGAUGACCUGCUGCUUAUUGGGGAGCAUGACUACAUUGAUCUUCAGGAUAGAACUGCUUUUGUAGAAAGUUCUGAAACCAUGAGGAGAGUACAGGAAGAGCUUCUUAGCAGUUGUGAGUCUGCAAAAACAGUUUGUGACUCAGAGCUAACAUCUGCUGAAACAUUUGAAGAUAUUGCAAAAGAAGUAGAGUUAUCUGAAAAUGCAUUUGAGAGUAAAGAAGCAGAUGCAGACCUGAAAUGCAGUGAAGGUGGUGGUGGUGGUGCAGCUGAGCCAUUGCUACGUCGUCCAGACAAUCUAAAAGGACUGCCUUCAUUUCAGAAGGGCCAGAGUAAUUUUGCAGGGUUGGGCUUAGCAUUUUCUGUUCUUGGAGCAUCAUCAGCCAUUGCUCGCUGGCCAAGCUUUGCUGACAAGAAUGUACUUCCUGAAGACUGGGACAGUCUUGCUUUUUCUUCAGCUAAUGAGAAUACCCCAAAACCAUCUGAAAGCCCUGAUGACAGGUGUACAGAAGACUAUCUUGUGCUUAUCUGUUGUGGAUUAUAUGAUCUCUUGCGUGGAGUGCUCCUAAUCCUACCAGAUAUCAUGCUAGAAGAUGUGAUGGACAAACUUAUCCAACCUGAUUAUCUUAUAGUUCUGGUGAACCACCCAUCUCCUCUCAUACAACAAGGAGUCAUUAAAUUGUUGGAUGCAUAUUUCAACAGAGCAAGGAGGGAGCAGAAGGAGAAAUUCUUAAAGAACCGUGGCUUCUCCUUGCUAGCCAACCAGCUCUAUCUUCAUCAGGGGACUCAGGAAGUUGUAGAGUGCUUUUUGGAAAUGCUUUUUGGCCGCUCUGUUGGCUUGGAUGAAGAAUUUGAUCUGGAAGAUGUCAAGAAUGUUGGACUCUUUCAAAAAUGGUGUGUCAUUCCUGUUCUGGGUCUUAUAGAGAAUUCUCUCUAUGAUAACGUUUUGCUGCAUAACUGCUUCUGUCUUCUGCUGCAAAUCAUAAAUUCCUGCUCAAAAGUCGCAGACCUUCUGCUUGAUAAUGGUUUGCUCUAUGUGUUGUGUAAUACGCUGGCUGCUCUCAAUGGACUGGAAACAAACAUUCCCUUGAAUGACUACAAGUUACUCGCAUGCGAUAUACAACAGCUGCUGGUAGCAGUUGCAAUUCAUGCCUGCAGCUCCUCAGGUUCUCAAUAUUUUCGUGUUAUUGAAGACCUCAUGGUGCUGCUGGGUCAUCUUCAAAAUAGUAAAAAUGCAAGGAUGCAAAAUAUGGCAGUUGUUCUGCAGUUAAGAGUUCUUCAAGCAGCCAUUGAAUUAAUAAAAACCACAGCAAACCAAGAUGCUCAGGAGCAGGCCAGUUCAGCCCCAUCACCUUCUGCACCACAUCGUACAAUGUUUCAAAAGCGUAAAGGUAUUGCAGGCUCAAGGAAGUUUUCGCUUGCUCAGUCUGAUGCUCUGCUGAUGAAAAUGCGCUCACUAGCAAGUGAGGAAUUCAACAUGAUGAUGCAGCGGAGAAUGAGCCAAGAAAAUCCUAUCCAAGCCACUGAGCCUGAGUUUGCACAAAGGUUACAGAGGCUGACUGUUCUGGCUGUUAACAGGCUCAUUUAUUUAGCAUCUACCGAAGAAUGCCUUGAUGUACUGGGUAUAACAGAAAACACGAGUCAAGGCAGACGUUCAGCAUCCCAGCUGGAAGUUCCUGAAGAGGAAAGCCAACAAGAACUGCCUAGCAGAAUAAACCCUUUUCUUAAAGAAAUGGUCAAAAUGUUGGUGGAAGGAGUCAAAGUAUCCAUUGGCACCAGCAGAAUGACCACACCAAAACAGCAGUGGAAGAGAAUUCUGUUGUCAUGUAAGGACACAUUCCGUACACAACUUGGGAGGCUUCUUGUGCACAGCUUGUCUCCAGGAAGGCCACUGCAAGAGAGAAAGCAGGCUUUGGAGAUGGUACCUGAAGUAAACCAUCAAGAGAUUUUGCGUGACUGUCUUAGCCCAACUUUGCAACAUGGACCUAAAUUAGUGCUCUAUUUAUAUGAGUUAAUGCACAAUCACAGCGAUGGAAUGACCAAAGAACAACAAAGAGCAGUGGUAGACUUCAUGAAUACAUUGAAAAGUUGUGGCUAUAAAUGCAUUCCCCUGAGCCCACGACCAAAACCAGAUUUAUUAAAAGCUUUGAAAGAGGAUCAGAAGAAAUAUGAGAUGGAAGAAGGUGUAAACAAAGCUGCUUGGGAGAAGACAAUGGCUAAUAAUCAGCAGAAUCUCUUUCAACGUCUAGAUACAAAAUCUAAAGACAUUUCUAAAAUAGCUGGAGACAUCACACAAGCUGUGUCUCUGUCACAAGGAAUGGAAAGGAAGAAAGUAAUCCAGCACAUCAGGGGGAUGUAUAAGGCAGAGCUAAGUGCCAGCAGACAUUGGCAGGAACUUGUUCAGCAGCUUACCCAUGAUCGAGCACUCUGGUAUGACCCAGUCUAUUACCCAACUUCUUGGCAACUGGAUCCAACAGAAGGCCCAAACAGAGAGAGGCGCCGCUUGCAGAGGUGCUACCUAACUAUUCCAAACAAGUACCUUCUCCCAGACAGGCAGAAACAGGAAGGUGUGAUAAAAACUCCAUUGUCUUACCUAUUUGAAGACAAAACACAUUCUUCUCACUCCUCUACUGUAAAGGACAAAGCUGCAAGUGAGCAUAUAAGAGUUAAUCGAAGAUGUAUAAGCGUGGCACCUUCUAGAGAGACUGCUGGUGAACUGUUGUUAGGAAAAUGUGGCAUGUAUUUUGUUGAAGAUAAUGCUUCAGACACAAUUGAAAAUUCGAGUUUUCAUGGAGAAACUGAACCAGCAUCAUUUUCUUGGACAUAUGAGGAAAUUAAGGAAGUUCAUAAGCGCUGGUGGCAGUUAAGAGAUAAUGCUGUGGAAAUAUUUCUUACAAAUGGCAGAACUCUACUUUUGGCUUUUGAUAAUACAAAGGUCCGUGAUGAUGUGUACCACAACAUCUUAACUAACAAUUUGCCUAACCUUUUGGAAUAUGGAAACAUUACUGCUUUGACCCACCUGUGGUGCACAGGACAGAUUACUAACUUUGAAUAUCUGACUCAUUUAAACAAACAUGCGGGCCGUUCCUUCAAUGAUCUCAUGCAAUAUCCAGUAUUUCCUUUUAUACUUUCUGACUACACCAAUGAAACACUGGACCUAAAUGAUCCAUCAGUAUAUAGAAAUCUGGUCAAACCAAUAGCUGUGCAGUCCAAAGAAAAAGAGGAUCGUUAUGUGGAUACAUACAAGUACUUGGAAGAAGAAUACCGUAAAGGAGCACGGGAGGAUGAUCCAAUGCCCCCUGUACAACCAUAUCACUACGGAUCUCAUUAUUCCAACAGCGGAACUGUGCUUCAUUUCCUAGUUAGGCUGCCACCUUUUACUAAAAUGUUUUUAGCUUAUCAAGAUCAAAGUUUUGACAUCCCAGACAGAACUUUUCACUCUACCAAUACAACCUGGCGACUCUCUUCGUAUGAAUCAAUGACUGACGUGAAGGAGCUUAUACCAGAAUUUUUCUACCUUCCCGACUUUCUAGUUAACAGAGAAGGUUUUGAUUUUGGAGUACGUCAAAAUGGUGACAGAGUUAACCAUGUCAAUCUUCCACCCUGGGCUCGUAAUGAUCCUCGUCUAUUCAUCUUGAUUCAUCGUCAGGCUUUGGAGUCUGACCAUGUUUCCCAGACAAUCUGUCACUGGAUUGACUUGGUGUUUGGUUAUAAGCAAAAAGGCAAGGCCUCUGUUCAGGCUAUUAACGUCUUUCAUCCUGCAACCUAUUUUGGGAUGGAUGUUUCUGCUGUUGAAGAUCCUGUUCAGAGGAGAGCCCUUGAAACAAUGAUAAAAACGUAUGGGCAAACACCUCGUCAGCUGUUCCAUGCAGCACAUGUUAGUAGACCUGGAUCCAGACUUAUCAUGGAAGGAGAACUUCCUGCUGCCAUGGGAUUACUAGUGCAAUUUGCUUUCAGAGAAACCAGAGAACACACUAAAGAAAUAAUCUAUCCAAGUCCAUUACCAUGGAUAAAAGGCUUAAAGUGGGGAGAAUAUGUUGGUUCCCCAAGUGCUCCAGACCCAGUUGUCUGCUUUAGCCAACCACAUGGAGAAAGGUUUGGCUCUCUCCAGGCUUUACCAACUAAAGCUAUCUGUGGUUUGUCCAGCAAGUUUUGCCUAUUGAUGAUAUAUAGCAAGGAACAAGGUGUGAGAAGCAUGCACAGUACUGACAUUCAGUGGUCAGCUAUCCUGAGCUGGGGAUAUGCUGAUAAUAUUUUACGACUGAAAAGCAAGCAAAGUGAACCUCCAGUAAAUUUUAUACAGAGUUCACAACUCCAUCAGGUAACAAGUUGUGCUUGGGUGCCAGACAGUUGUCAGCUGUUCACAGGUAGUAAGUCUGGUGUCAUCACAGCAUAUAUGAACAGAUUCACUAGCAGUACGCCUUCGGAGAUAGAAAUGGAGUCGCAAGUCCAUCUCUAUGGACACACAGCAGAAAUAACAAGCUUGUUUGUGUGCAAACCAUACAGUAUAAUGAUAAGUGUCAGCAAAGAUGGAACCUGCAUAAUAUGGGAUUUGAACAGGCUGUGCUAUGUCCAGAGUCUGGCUGGACACAAGAGUCCUGUGACUGCAGUUUCAGCUAGUGAAACAACUGGUGAUAUUGCAACAGUUUGUGAUUCAGUUGGAGGAGGUAGUGAUUUGAGACUUUGGACAGUUAAUGGUGAUCUUGUUGGACACGUGCACUGCAGGGAAAGUAUUUGCUCUGUUGCUUUCUCAAACCAGCCUGAAGGUGUGUCUGUCAAUGUGAUUGCAGGGGGCCUUGAAAAUGGAGUUGUAAGACUGUGGAGUACGUGGGACUUGAAGCCAGUACGAGAAAUAACAUUUUCGAAGUCAGCCAAACCUAUUGUAAGCCUUACGUUUUCCUGUGAUGGCCAUCACUUGUUCACAGCCAAUAGUGAUGGAAAUGUCAUAGCCUGGUGUCGCAAGGACCAGCAGCGCUUGAAGCUCCCCAUGUUCUAUUCAUUCCUGAGCAGCUACGCGGCUGGGUGAUGACUACUUUUGCUGCUAACUUAUGUCUCUGAUGCACUUUAAAUCCCAAAUAGAUUAUAGAAUCUCUUAUUUAACUGGACUUUGGAGUACUUUGAAUGUCUCUAGAAUAACUGAACAGAUUUAUUUUUUUUUUUUAAGAACAGUCUAAGGUGGCUGUAAAAUUGCAUAUGUGCAUGCACAAACUUGAAGCAUAUUCAGGUCAGCAGGAAGCUCUGAUCAUAUUCUCCAAUACCAGCAAAGUGACUCAUAAAUGCUCUAACAUACAAGUCAAAAUGCUGCAAUGUAAAACACAGCAGUAUUUUUUAAAUCGCUUCUUGGACAGAAGCGAUUUAAAAAAAUCGAUUAUGCUUAUUCCCUCUCUUAGGUUGUAAAAUAUCAGCAGCAUCAAGUUCUGUAAAUAUCUAUUCAAAUGUCAGCAUGUGUAUAUCUGAUUAGUUGAGCAUCGUAUGGUUAGCUCUGGAAUAAGCAAUCCAAAACUUAAAAAUCAAAGACCACUUAAAAUUGCUUUUUUUGAGAAGCAAAGAACUUAGUAGGUGCUUUUUGCACCAUCUUAUGGUAUUGUAAUGCUAAAAAUUGAAUUUCUGUUAUCUUUAUAUUUGUAACUUUUGACAUCUUCUCUGUUAAUGUAAUAGUCUUUGCAACAGACAAAAAUAAAAUAUUUGUCUUAGUGACGGGUCAACAGCUCAUAGCAUCAUGAAACAAUUGUUAGAUCCCAAUGCAGAGUUAACUCCCUAACUUUGUAAUAGUUAGCUAUUGCAAUUAUGUGGCAGAAUAUCUAUUAUGAACACACACAGCUUAUCUUCCAGAGCUCUAAAAAGAGGUGUUAAAGGCACAGAUGUUCUUCUGUUCUAGUGUCAUUGAGAUUCAAUACACUGCAAAAUGUUUGAAUCUAACUGCUUGAAUAAUCAAUGUUCAUAGGCAUCAGAUGACUUGGAAAGGUUUACACAGAUACACUGUGCAAAUUUGUUAUUUAUUCCUAGGUGCUAUUUUGGGGGGGGGGGAAAUAAGCCUCCAUUGUAAAAGGCUUAACAAAUUUGAAUUCUUAGGCCAGAUGAAAAAUUAGUGUUUCAGGCGAUGGAUUUGAAGACCUCUAAACCUGACACCAUGAAUGAGUGCCUACUAGUCAUGCAAAUGGUAAAACAAGAAUGGUACACAAGUCUGAUGUAGUUACAUUUUUCUUUUAAAUUGCUUUGCUUUUUCAUCCCUGACAUGUUCUGCAAUUUCCAUACAGUCAAACUGCUGUAUCUUCUCAUGUUUAAAGUUCAUCUCCUUUUAAAGUUCAUCUCUUUUCAAAACACUGUAUGUGAAAUUGUCAAGUUGUGACAAAGGUCACACACACAAAAAAUCUUCACGCUUUUGAAUAUUCCAGUCAGUCUUCUGAAAUUCUUGCAACUUCCCGGCUGAAGAACUUCACAAACUAGAAACACUUAAGAAAAGUGUUCUCGUAGUUCAUGACAUAAAGUCUCCUCUUCUGUUCAGUUAAGCAAGUGGCUACAUACUGUAUGAAUUGACUUUUAAACUGUGUAUAUUGUAGCAGCCUUGUAUGGGAUGGCUUUAGUCAUGUUUUUCUCUGUCUAAAUGUAACGUAAGGUCCUAAUACAGACCGAAGAGCUAAAAGCUUCCUGGCUCAUGUUGAAGUGAUGUGCUUUGUUUAAGAUAAAAAAGACUAAACAUUGUGGUUUGGGGGUGCUUUUGUGCUCCCUGGUUUGGGGUAUUGCUCACAAAGGCUUAUUUUUUAUAAAGUAGAAUUCCACUUGUUACAAACCAAUAUGCAAAAUUGCUGGCCUUGUAAAGAGUGCAAUAUUAUAUAUUUUUAUGUAAAAGUAAAAAAUGAUUUUUUUGAAGCAAGGAAUAUUUAUUCAGCUUAACAUUCUGGAACUAUUAAAAUAACAUUGCAAUAGUGUCUGUGCAUGAUGUACUGAAAUUUCCUGUAAAUGUCACAUUCCACGUUGUCUUUGUAUAUACACUGUCACAUUGUCGGGUAAUAAACAGAUCUUUAU